AGUUAUCCCAUUAUUCUCGGUUGCGCAACGAAUGAUGCCCCGUCCAGUCUUUAAGAAAGGAGGAAACAUUAGCAUUGACGGAUGUGAGUGAAGGAAGGGAAAAAAGGGUUUAUGUAAAUUGCGUUGGGUCCUUUUUUCCUAAAUUCCAGCAACUAUCUAAUCCCACUUGACAUUGACAGUUGUUUGACUGACUGACAUCCUUACACAACACUUACAAUGAUAACAGUUAGUUAGUUGUUUGCAGGGCUGGACAGACUGAGAUAACAGACGAGUAAGUUAAACUGAUGGGUGUACAGUGGCCGCGGAAGUGUGGGGACAGAGGGACCAUGUCCCCACGGUUAUUCGAUGUCCGCAUCAUCUCCCCAUGUUAUAUAAACCCAUCCCUCCCCUAUCCUACAAUGUUAAUGUCCCCACGGCUUCCGCGGCCACUGGAUUAUUAAUUAUUUGUCCUUUGUCUCCCUUCCUUGGAUUAUGGGGAACGUGUCCAGGGGGGCCUGUUUGUUCGUCUCGAAAGCCAGAGAUUUUUAGAAAUUUGUAAUUAUGACAGUUUCGACAUGAAAAGUGACAUGAUUGACUUUUUCUUCGUCUUGGUCGGGUCGUUGUACGAGAACAAAACUGAACAAAGUCCGUGUGGUCUAAAAAUGGUACAAAAAUAAGAUUCAGGUGUUCACACAAAAGAUUACGUACGGCAUCAUUGUAGUAAAAUUGACAAUUGGAACGGAAAGAGUUGACCAUUCCUUUCGUUGUGUAACGCAUUUAUUAUUUAAAGGAAAACAAUGAAAUGAAAAAGGGGUGACUGCAGCAGUUUUAACCUGAAUUAGGUACAUAUAAUUAUUGUCCACUUCAUUUCCAUUGUGUACUUCCUGCCCAUAGGUCAAGUCGACCAUAAACCUAAUUCACACUUAUUUGUUCGGUCUGAUGAAUGGACUAGAUUGGACAAAGGACAAGGUCAUCGCGGACAGAAAUGCUUUCCAGUCCAGCCAGAGCGACCAGCAUAAAAUUAGUCAGAAGAGUUACCAAUACGGCGAGAAUUUUAAAAUUUCAGCAAAAAAAACGAAAUAUUGAGGGAUUUCACGUCAAGUUCGUAACCUACGUAACUGCGUUAGGUUUGUAAGUUUACACACUCUUGACGUGAGUUGACUUUGUAAACAUUUUCGUAAAGUUUUUUUUGGUAAAAAAUGUCGUAUAUAAAACGACAUCAAAAUGUUGCUAGCCAACUUUUCCCUACCUUACACGAAAUGAAAUUUUUGAUUUUUUUUGCCUAAAAUAUCAGUUUUUCAGGAAUUACACAGCCAUUUCUUAUGUCACAAAAUUCUAUAAUAUACCAAAAUGAUCGUAUGAUCAAGACCGAUCGAUUGACACCCCACUGGAUGAAGUGUGUCAAUUUAGCCCGGAUUUGACAUUUGGGGGCUGGUCGGAUAGCGACCAAUAUUUUCAGCUGGAGCAAUCUUUUGUUUGAGUAAUUAAAUUAAUUUGCAUGAUGAUGAAAAGUUUACAAUAGACAAUUCAUCUCUAAGGCAAUUUCAACCGAAAAUGCAAAUAUCAAACACUUGAAUUAUUUACGAACUUUUAUUUACGAACCAAAAACAUGCUUUUGAAGUGCGUAAGUUUCGUAAAAGUUCGUAAGGCAAUUUUCCUUAGAAAUGUGUGUAAAAGUUCGUAAACGUUUGUAAGCUUACAAACCUUACGCAGUUACGAAGGUUACAAACUGUGACGUGAGUUCCCUCAUUAUAAUAUUAUUACGUAUCAUUUUUUAUUUAACCGUUUGAUACUUAUGGUACGACCCAGUACAUAUCUUUUACUUCAUUUUUAAAAUUUUCAACUUUACCCAAAAAUCAUAUGUGGCACAUAAAUCCAACAAUUUUAAAACUUUUUUUUACAGAUAAUUUAAUAAAAUGCGACAACAAAUAAAUUGUAGGAUUUGAAAUUCUUAUGAAAAUACGUACAAUUUCAAUUCAACCCUAUUUUUCAUUGUCCGACAAAUGUUUUUCAGUAUGAAAUAAAAAAAGGUAAAUAAUUUUUGUCAUUUUAUUUAUUGGUCUAGGCACCAUUAUCGUUUUGCCGUUCGGCCCGUCCUUCUUUUUUUCUGAGAGUCCAUUAUGUAAUCAAGGACCACUUAAAGUGUGUCCUUGAACUCGGUAAACAGUGAUAUUUCGUGUGUAUGUAAGUAAACCCAUCAUCAUCGUCGUCAUCCCUUCCGCUCCGGUUAGCUAAAUAGGUUGUUGGUUAGGAUUAGAGGAGGAGGACAGAAUAUGAGAAGAGGAAAGGAUUAUCCUUCCUGGAUGAUGAUGGGUAUCGGAUGAUAAGUAAGUUGUUUAUGCAUAUGGGCAGAAUUUGGGUGGAUUAACUGUCAAAAAAUUGACUAUUAGUUUUAAUUGGGUGUAGAAUAUUUAAAAAAAAUAAUAUGAAGAUAAGAUCUUACCCAUGUUAGCGGGGUUUAUCUUAUAUAAGUGAUGAUGAGAAUUGGGUGAUGAUUUUAUUCUACGUGAAAUUUUAACCUACUUAAAUUCAGAUUUAGGUAUGUUGUAUAUAUUUAUUUAUUACCAGUGAAAAAUGAAGGUUACUGGUUUUCAUGUAAAAUUAAGACUGAUAAGUAACGCUUAUCUUGAUAAUGAAUACCGCAAUUUCUUACUUUAUGAGGUAUAAAGAUAACCACUUUUUCAGAAAAGUUAACAAUAACUCGAUCUUUUAAGUACGAGUUGGGUAUUAAAUAUGGGCUGUUAUCUACAUACGUUGGAGUUUAGUGGGACUAAAGUCGCAAUUUUUAGGCAAGGUUUAUUAUUAUUUUUGCCAACUGGUCACGUACGCAGUUGGCCUCAACAAGUUAUCGUUUCUGAACUCUGAGUGAAAAAAUGGCUUUACAAAUUUUUACGAAUUUAACUCGCAUCAUGUUUUCUAUCCUGAUUUACUCCUACUUAAUAAUCCUUGUGGCUGAAGGCGCGACAGUCCCCUCCACGACGAAGAAGCCAACAAGUGUCUCCCCAGGUCGUCCCGGAUGCGGCGGUACGGUUACCGGAAGUGGAGAAAUCCGCUACAAAUUUGGCGAGCAGUACGAGAAAAAUGAACAAUGCGUGUGGACCAUCGUCAACCAAAAGUAUCCCCUCGUCACCCUGGACUUGAUUGACGCUGGGUUCGCCGAGGAGGGUGACCACCUGGAAAUAUUUUAUUAUAAAGAUGGCAAAUUAAUGAACCCCGUGGCAGGAUCGGGGCCACAUUGCGACGGGCCAAUUUUGUCACGUCGCACCCAAUUCUGCAUGGUAAACAGUUCCCUCGUCUUCCUCGUCUUUCGAACGAACCAGGCCCUUCAAGGGACCGGAUUUUCCGUCAAGAUUGAACCCAGCGGAGCCAUGUUGCCACCCUCGGGGGAAAUUUUUGAGUCUUACACAUACGGUCCGGACGGCUCAUGGGUCGACUACGAUGGACCGUUCGUGUCGAACAAGAUCGUGUCAUGGACUUUGGCAGCUCCGACGGAGUUUGUCUUGUACAGGUACAACGUGACCUCACCCUGCCCCCCGACCACCCCUUUGACCCCACUCGUCUCCAUUUUCCAAGCCAGUCAAGGCUCCCCGAUCAGGAUGGAAUACGCCUGUGGUACGAUUACGGAACCCAUCCGGGUCAUCCAACUCCCCACCAAGGUCGAACCCUUCAUCAUCAUUUACGAGAACGGAAAACGGACCUACGCCCAAGGGGAUGUUAAAUUCUACUGGAAUUUGGACGGACCUCCGGAAGCGUGGAAACCUGGCAAAGGUCGAGGUCGAGGAAUCAUGACGUCCGUCUCGACGAUUUGGACGGGCUUGUUUUUUAUCAUCGUCGUCACCAAGUUCAUUGGGUGAUGUCGUGGGGAUGACAAAUUUACAUAUAUUUGUACAAAUUAUGGUAAUAAUUAUGCAUUAUGAUAAUAAUACGGAGGAAAUUAAUAAAGUGACGAUUUACGCAUGUC